CAUCUUCUUCACUUCCAUUUCAUUGGCUAUUAGGGAGAGAGAGCUAGCAAAAAUGAUCAUUGGGACCGUUGGAGGGAUUGUUGGGGGAUUGAUUGGAGGGAAGGAUGUAAAGGUUAAGGGGAAGGUGGUGUUGAUGAAAAAAAAUGUGCUCGACUUAACUAACUUUGCUGGCACCAUUCUUGAUGAAGUUGCUGAGUUUUUAGGCCAAUCUGUCUCGUUUCAGCUUGUUAGUUCUAAUGUUGGUGAUCCUAAUAAUGGCAACAGAGGAGUAGUAGGGGAGCCAGCUUAUUUGGAGCAAAGCAUCCUGAACCUGCCUUCAAUUGUUGCUGGUGAAUCUGCAUUUGAUAUCAAAUUCAAGCACAACGAAAGCCAAGGAAUUCCAGGCGCCAUCAUUGUCAAGAACCAUCACCUCGACCAGUUCUAUCUUAAGAGCAUCACGCUUGAAGAUUUCCCCGGGAGAGGCCGCAUCCACUUCGUCUGCAAUUCUUGGGUCUACAACACCACUAAGUAUACUUAUGACCGAAUCUUCUUUGCUAAUGAUGUGUACCUCCCUAACAAAACACCAGCACCGUUGAAGCCAUAUAGAGACGAGGAGCUCCGUCAUCUGAGGGGUGAUGAUGUCAACCGAGAAUUGCAAGAGUGGGAUCGAGUCUACAACUAUGCAUACUAUAAUGAUCUUGCUAAUCCUGACUUCGGCAUUGUCAGGCCUGUCCUUGGAGGCUCAGAAGAAUACCCCUAUCCGCGUAGGGGAAAGACUGGACGUCCUCCCACCAGAACAGAUAGACCUCGUCAUCAACUGUAUCUCAACGAAAUUACUUUUUAUUGUAGUCUCGACAUCUAUGUGCCAAGAGAUGAGAGGUUCGGCCACCUGAAGAUGUCAGAUUUUCUCGGAUAUUCCAUCAAAUCACUAGCCAAUUCCUUCAUCCCGGUAGUGAAGUCCAUAUUCAAUGGGACGCCCAAUGAGUUCGACUCGUUCGAAGAGGUGCACAGACUCUUUAGGGGUGGCUUGCCAAUCCCUAGUGUUCCUCUUAUUGACACGAUCAAAGAUAACAUCCCUUUUGAGAUGAUUAAGGCAGUUGUCAGCACUCAGAAUGGGCAGAGCUUUAUGAAGUACCCCAUACCACAACUGAUCCAAGAUGAUAAAUACGCUUGGAGGACUGAUGAAGAAUUUGCACGAGAAAUGCUUGCUGGUGUCAACCCUCAUAUCAUCUGUAGACUACAGGAAUUUCCUCCAACAAGCGGACUUGAUCCUAGCAAAUACGGUAAUCAAAUCAGCUCGAUAACAGCAGCAGAUGUUGAAAAGAACCUAGGUGGCCUAUCUGUGCAACAGGCAAUGAGUGAUGAUAGGCUCUACAUCUUGGAUCAUCAUGACGCAUUGAUUCCGUACAUAAACAGAAUCAACACAACUUCUAACAAAGUCUAUGCAACAAGAACAAUUCUAUUCUUGAAAGAUGAUGGAACUCUGAAGCCAUUAGCAAUUGAGCUCAGCUUGCCACACCCUGAUGGAGAGCAAAAGGGUGCAGUUAACCAAGUGUUUACGCCAUCGGAGUUGUCUGGGGUUGAGGGUGCAAUUUGGGAGUUAGCGAAGGCCUACGUUGGGGUUAAUGACUACGGUGUUCAUCAACUCAUCAGCCACUGGCUUAGAACACAUGCAGUGACUGAGCCAUUCAUCCUCGCAACAAACCGACACCUGAGUGUGCUUCACCCCAUCAACAAGCUUUUGGUCCCUCACUACCGUGACACAAUGAACAUCAAUGCCUUUGCUCGCCAAGCCCUAAUCAAUGCUGGCGGUAUCCUGGAAUCGAUUGUGUUUCCAGACAAAUUUGCUAUGGAAAUGUCUGCCGUGAUCUACAAGGAUUGGAAUUUCCUUGACCAAGCUCUCCCUACUGAUCUCCUCAAGAGAGGAGUUGCAGUAGAGGACCCGUCAAGCCCAAACAAACUCCGACUCCUAAUCAACGACUACCCCUACGCAACCGACGGACUUGAAAUCUGGUCGGCAAUCGAGUCAUGGGUGAAAGACUACUGCUCCAUCUACUACCCAACUGACGAUAUAAUCCAGUCCGAUGCAGAGCUCCAAGCUUGGUGGAAAGAAGUCCGUGAAGUUGGCCACGGAGACUUAAAAGACCGACCCUGGUGGCCCAAAAUGCAAACCCUCGACGACUUAACUCACUCAUGUACCAUCAUCAUUUGGAUCGCAUCCGCUUUGCACGCUGCAGUCAACUUUGGCCAGUACGCCUACACCGCCUACGUGCCAAAUCGCCCUACCAUCAGUCGCAGGUUCAUGCCCGUUGAGGGCACAACUGAAUAUGAUAAACUGAAGACAGACCCGGAGAAGGUUUUCCUCAAGACGAUUGCUACUGAGCUUCAGAGUAUCAUCGGCAUAUCACUGAUGGAGAUUUUAUCGACUCAUGCUUCUGAUGAGGUGUAUUUGGGGACGAGGGACUCGACAGAGUGGACUAACGAUCAGAAGGCUAUUGAUGCGUUCAAGAGGUUCGGGGCAAGGCUUAGCGAGAUUGCGAAUAAGAUUGAGAGGUUGAAUAAGGAUCCGAGCUUGAGGAAUAGGAACGGUCAGGUGAAUGUGCCGUAUACUUUGCUAUUUCCGACUAGUGAGGGUGGGAUUACCGGCAAGGGGAUUCCUAACAGUAUUUCUAUCUAAUUACGUACGGGAAGUGUUUGUGAUGAAUAAGUGAUGUAUUUGCUUAAGAGCUGUGUCGAGGUUGUAAUGUAUGUUGCUUGUUGUCGAGGGGAGUGGUUUGUUGGUGAGAAGGGAAUGUAGUCCUUACGGAAUAAUGUGAGUCUGGCUUCUGCCGGCCGUUGAGUGUGAAAUGUUUGCAUA